CGCGCUAGGAAAGAAAAGCAGGUGACGUACUGAACUGCAAAGCGCCUUGAAAAGGCGACUUUUUGGCGCCUGCAAAUGCAGCAGUGCGCACGGUAGAGGGUCACGUCGCUUAGUCAGGAGGCGUCUAGUUUCGUAUCUUUAUAGUUAGCCCUGUGAACCUCGUUGAUCACUGUCUUUUGUGGUUGCUGAGCAGCUGGAUAGAAUUGUUGCACAAUGGCGGCUUCCGUUGCUGGUCGGCGUUUGGGCUCUCAGCUGAAUCGGUUUGUAGCAACUUUGAGGCCUCUGUCGGUGAAUUCCGGAAACGCUUUGCAAGCGACGCGGGAUUUUGGGGUUGGUACAAAUGAGGAUGCAUAUGCCCAGCUUGACAGCAAGAAAGGGGCGACGUGGCCUCGGUUUCUAAAUAAGCCACUAGCAGAGGUGGAUCCCGAGUUGAAUGACAUCAUUGAGAAGGAGAAGAAUAGGCAAUGGAAGGGGCUCGAGCUCAUCCCUUCAGAGAACUUCACUUCUUUAUCCGUGCUCGAAGCGGUGGGGUCAGUCAUGACUAACAAAUAUAGUGAAGGUUACCCUGGGGCGAGGUACUAUGGUGGCAAUGAGUUCAUUGACCAGGCAGAACUCAUGUGUCAGGAGCGCGCGUUGAAAGCCUUUAGACUAGACCCCGAGCAGUGGGGAGUGAACGUGCAAGCUCUUUCCGGGUCUCCAGCCAACUUCGCGGUCUACACUGCCUUGCUGAAACCCCACGAGCGAAUCAUGGCACUUGACUUGCCGCAUGGGGGUCACUUGUCUCACGGGUAUCAGACUGACACUAGGAAGAUCAGUGCCGUCUCUGUAUAUUUCGAGACUAUGCCCUACCGCCUGGAUGAGAAGACAGGGUACAUCGACUACGACACUUUGGAAGCGAACGCGAAGCUCUUCCGGCCAAAGAUCCUCAUUGCUGGCUCAAGUGCGUCUUCCAGGCACAUUGACUACGCAAGAAUGAGGAAGAUUGCUGACAACCAGGGCGCCUAUCUUCUGGCGGACAUGGCUCACAUCAGCGGCCUCGUGGCUGCCGGUGUUGUGCCGAGCCCCUUCGACUAUGCUGACGUCGUCACCACCACGACGCACAAGUCCCUGAGGGGCCCUCGGGGGUCCAUGAUCUUCUUCAGGAAGGGCUUGAAGGGAAAGGACAAGAAGGGCAAGGAGAUCUACUACGACUUGGAGGACCCUAUCAACUACGCGGUGUUCCCGCGGUUGCAAGGUGGCCCUCACAACCACACCAUCUCCGCACUGGCUGUCGCCCUCAAGCAGGCUGCCGGCCCUGAGUUCAAGGCUUACCAAGAGCAGGUCGUCAGCAACUCGAGGUCGUUUGCGAAGGCGCUGAUGGAGAAGGGGUACACUCUGGUCGCGGGGGGCACGGACAACCACUUGGUCCUCGUCGACCUGAAGCCCCAGGGCGUGGACGGGUCGCGGGUCGAGAGGGUGAUGGAGCUCGCCCACAUCGCCGCCAACAAGAACACCGUGCCCGGGGACGUCAGCGCCAUGGUGCCGGGAGGAGUUCGCAUGGGCACCCCCGCGUUGACCACCAGGGGUUUUGUUGAUGAGGACUUCGUCAAGGUUGCUGACUGCUUCGACAAGGCUGUCAAGAUUGCAGUCAAGGUCAAGAAGGAAGUUGGGGGCAAGCUCAAGGACUUCCGUGAGGCGGUUGAGAAGGACCCCUAUAAGUCUGACAUCGACUCACUAAGGCAGGAGGUUGAGGAGUUCGCGAAGCAGUUCCCUACAAUUGGCUUUGAGAAGGCCGACAUGAAGUACACCGACUAGACCAUGCAAAACAUUUUUGCAAGGUAACACGUUCCAUGAGUGACCGAGGUGCUCUCUCUCUUCAGGCAUUACCUUGCUUAUCUCAGAAGGAGCUAGGUUUAGUGCUUCCAAGGUUUUAGAUAAGUGGAUCUUUGAGACCAUCAGAGUACUGGCAAUGUUACUCAUAUUGGUAUGCCACCGGGGACGACAUGCACCAUAUUUGUGUACAUACCAGCUUAUGCCGGUCGUUUGUCUGUGGCGGUCGCCGCGUCUGCAAUUGAU